AUGAGUGUGCCGUCAUUUGACACUGAUACUUCAUCAUCAUCAUCAACAAUAAUUGAUGAUGAUAUGAGUGUUAUGGUACAUGAUCCAUCGGAUACUACAGUUGCUACACAAACGAGUACAUCAUGGCAUUCGAUUGUAUCUGAUAUACAUCUAAAUACUGAUGUAAAUUUUCGUCCACAUACAAUUAAUACUUGGUUAAAAGUAUGUUUAAUUGAACCGGAUAUUCGAUUAACUACGGCUCAAGAAUGGAAAUUACGAACUUGUAUGAAACAUUUGAUUUCUCUAUGUAAUCUUCCUUUGAAAAUUUCUUGUAUACGAACAAAAGAAUUUGUUGCAAUAACAAAUGAAAAUAAAAUAAUUCCAUUGAUUGAUCUAGAUCAAAACGAGUUAAUUUAUGAUCAAUUACAAGAAUUAGGUUUAUAUUUACAUAUUUUACCAAUUACAGACGCGAAUAAUGAUUUAUUGGAAGUAAAAUUAUUCGAAUUUUAUUUCAGAAAAUCAUCAAAUACAAAAAUGAUUCCUAUUCAAUUAACUAAACAACCAAGAUUUCUAUUUCAAAUCUCAUCAAAUCUAUUAAUAUUAUAUUUGAGAAGUAGCAAUUCAUUACUUGAAUUACGAUUUUCAACAAGAGAAAAUGAAAUAGUACGAGGAAAUUAUUAUCAAUGGAAUGAAAUAAAAAAUGAACAUAUUAGAUUUGAUACUAAUGCAGAAAUCGAUCAAAGUCUAAUCGAUAAAUUCAAAUAA